CCGCCGGAGAAGACCGACGCUCGGCCAGAGCCAGCCCGCGGCGCCCGGGCCUGGCCGGCCGCUUCCCGCCUCAGCCGCCACCCCCGCCCCCGCCGCCACAGACGCCGCCGAGGCAGGAGAAGCGGGACGCGCAGCCACUUGUCCCUGUCCGGCCCCGCGCGGCCGGGAGCCGCGGCGCCGGAGGAAGCCGUCACACUUUCCUUUCCACUGUGGUUUGGGAGCAUGAAGGCGUUGCUUACCCCCUUUGUCUGGUUCACUGUAUGUAGGCUGGGAGUGUCUGCUGAUCACUCGGAGUGCUGUCCCCUAGAACAGGAGGAAUAAGAUUGAGGACCCCUGCAGUGGAUCAUGAGUCGGUAAUGCCCACUGAGGACCUCUGGGAGCCAUGUCAGACGAAUCCGCCUCAGGGAGCGAUCCAGACCUGGACCCGGACGUGGAGCUGGAGGAUGCGGAAGAGGAGGAGGAGGAAGUGGCAGUGGAGGAGCACGGCAGGGAUGACACGGAAGACCUACUGGAUGACCCAUCCCUGGGAGACAUGUGUGGCACUGAGUGUGCCCAGCUGGAGGAAGAUGGGCAGCGGCCACCGCGGUGCACUUCAACUACCUCAUCUCAGUCUGAGCCUUCAGAGCAGCUUAGGCGCCACCAAGGCAAGAGCCUAGCCUCCGAGGACCCCAAAAAGAAGAGAGCUCAGAAGCCCUCCCACAUGAGGAGAAACAUACGAAAGCUGCUCCGGGAGGAUCAGUUGGAGCCGGUUACCAAAGCAGCACAACAGGAAGAGUUGGAAAGAAGGAAACGCCUGGAGCAGCAGAGGAAGGAUUACGCCGCCCCCAUUCCUACAGUUCCCCUGGAGUUCCUUCCCGAGGAAAUUGUCUUAAGAGCAAGCGAUGGUCCGCAACUGCCUCCUCGGGUCCUGGCCCAGGAAGUCAUUUGUUUGGACAGCAGCAGUGGCAGUGAGGACGAAAAAAGCAGUCGAGAUGAGGUGAUUGAACUGAGCUCUGGAGAGGAGGACACUCUGCACAUUGUGGACAGCAGUGAGUCUGUCAGUGAGGAGGAUGAAGAAGAGGAGAAGGGUGGCACCCAUGUGAAUGACAUCUUAAACCAGCGCGAUGCUCUGGGGCGGGUCCUCGUCAACCUGAACCACCCUCCAGAGGAGGAGAAUGUCUUCCUGGCCCCGCAGUUGGCACAGGCAGUGAAACCUCAUCAGAUUGGUGGGAUCCGGUUCCUGUAUGAUAACCUGGUUGAAUCUCUGGAGAGGUUUAAGACCAGUAGUGGCUUUGGCUGUAUCCUGGCCCACAGCAUGGGUCUGGGGAAAACUUUGCAAGUGAUAUCCUUCAUCGAUGUCCUCUUCCGCCACACGCCAGCCAAAACUGUCCUUGCCAUUGUGCCGGUUAAUACUCUUCAGAAUUGGCUGGCAGAGUUCAACAUGUGGCUUCCAGCUCCUGAAGCCCUUCCAGCUGACAAUAAGCCUGAAGAAGUCCAGCCUCGCUUCUUUAAAGUUCACAUCUUGAAUGAUGAGCACAAGACAAUGGCAGCUCGUGCUAAAGUGAUGGCUGAUUGGGUGUCAGAGGGUGGGGUGCUGCUGAUGGGGUACGAAAUGUACAGACUCCUCACCCUGAAGAAAUCCUUUGCCACAGGUAGAUCGAAGAAAACCAAGAAACGUUCUCACCCAGUCAUCAUUGAUCUGGAUGAGGAAGAUCGACAGCAGGAGUUUCGGAGAGAGUUUGAGAAGGCCUUAUGCCGCCCUGGCCCUGAUGUGGUGAUUUGUGACGAGGGACACCGCAUCAAAAACUGCCAGGCCAGCACCUCGCAGGCCCUGAAGAACAUUCGCUCUCGCCGUCGGGUGGUGCUGACCGGGUACCCCCUGCAGAACAACCUCAUUGAGUACUGGUGCAUGGUGGACUUUGUUCGCCCAGACUUCCUCGGCACCCGGCAGGAGUUCAGCAACAUGUUUGAGCGCCCCAUCCUGAAUGGACAGUGUAUUGACAGCACGCCUCAGGAUGUCCGCCUAAUGCGGUACCGGAGCCAUGUCUUGCACAGCCUCCUGGAGGGCUUUGUGCAGAGGAGAGGCCACACUGUGCUGAAGAUUCAUCUCCCUGCGAAGGAAGAAAAUGUAAUCCUGGUGCGGCUCUCGAAGAUCCAGCGAGAUUUGUACACACAGUUCAUGGACCGCUUCCGAGACUGUGGUAGCAGUGGCUGGCUGGGGCUGAACCCCCUUAAGGCUUUCUGCGUGUGCUGCAAGAUAUGGAAUCACCCGGAUGUGCUAUAUGAAGCCCUUCAGAAGGAGAGUCUGGCCAAUGAGCAAGACCUAGAUGUGGAAGAGCUUGGCUCAGCGGGGACUAGUGCCCGCUGCCCGUCACAGGGAACAAAAGGCAAGGGGGAGGACAGCACCUUGGCCUCCUCAAUGGGAGAGGCAACCAACAGCAAAUACCUACAGGGGGUUGGCUUUAACCCUUUCCAGGAGCGCGGCAACAACAUCGUCACAUAUGAAUGGGCCAAGGACCUUUUGACUAAUUACCAGACUGGGGUCUUAGAGAACUCUCCCAAGAUGGUACUGCUUUUCCACCUGAUUGAGGAAAGUGUGAAGCUUGGGGACAAGAUUCUCGUGUUCAGCCAGAGCCUUUCCACCUUGGCUCUCAUCGAGGAGUUCCUAGGGAAACGAGAAGUACCCUGUCUACCUGGUGCUGAUGGGCAAGGAGUACAGAAGUGGGUUCGAAACGUCAGCUACUUCCGGCUAGAUGGUAGCACCCCUGCCUUUGAGAGGGAGCGGCUCAUUAAUCAGUUCAAUGAUCCCAGCAACCUCACCACCUGGCUGUUCCUUCUGUCCACAAGGGCCGGGUGCUUGGGUGUGAAUCUGAUCGGUGCCAACCGAGUGGUGGUGUUUGAUGCUUCCUGGAACCCUUGCCAUGAUGCCCAGGCAGUAUGUCGGGUGUACCGUUAUGGCCAGAAAAAGCCCUGUCACAUUUAUCGCCUUGUGGCUGAUUUCACCCUUGAAAAGAAGAUCUAUGACCGUCAGAUUUCCAAGCAGGGCAUGUCAGAUCGAGUGGUAGAUGAUCUUAAUCCCAUGCUGAACUUUACCCGGAAAGAGGUGGAGAACCUACUGCACUUUGUUGAGAAGGAGCCAGCUCCCCAAGCAUCCUUGAACAUAAAGGGGAUCAAGGAGCCGGUCCUGCAACUUGCCUGUCUGAAGUACCCUCACCUCAUCACCAAGGAGCCUUUUGAGCAUGAGUCAUUGCUCCUUAACCGAAAGGAUCACAAGCUGACCAAGGCUGAGAAAAAAGCAGCAAAGAAGAGCUAUGAGGAAGACAAGCGCACAUCCGUCCCCUACACCCGCCCAUCAUAUGCACAGUAUUACCCUGCCAGCGACCAGAGCCUGACCAGCAUCCCUGCUUUCAGUCAGAGAAACUGGCAGCCAACACUGAAGAGUGAUGAGAAGCCUGUGGCCAGUGUUCGUCCUGUGCAGUCCACUCCCAUCCCCAUGAUGCCCCGGCAUGUCCCACUGGGAGGCAGUGUAAGCUCUGCCUCCAGCACAAAUCCAGCUAUGAACUUCCCGAUCAACUACCUGCAGCGUGCGGGGGUCCUUGUGCAGAAGGUGGUCACCACAACAGAUAUUGUUAUUCCUGGACUCAACAGCUCCACAGAUGUACAGGCAAGAAUUAAUGCUGGUGAGAGCAUCCACAUCAUCCGUGGGACAAAAGGGACGUACAUCCGCACCAGUGACGGGCGGAUCUUUGCUGUCCGGGCAACUGGCAAACCGAAGGUCCCGGAAGAUGGUCGGAUGGCUGCCUCAGGUUCCCAGGGGCCUUCUCUCGAGUCCACAAGCAACGGCAGACACAGUGCCUCAUCACCCAAAGCUCCUGACCCUGAGGGGCUGGCCAGGCCCGUCUCUCCAGACAGCCCGGAGAUCAUCAGUGAGCUCCAGCAGUAUGCAGAUGUGGCUGCCGCCAGGGAAUCCCAACAGAGCUCCCCAAGCUCCAAUGCCCCCCUGCCUGGCCCCCCAGCCCAACUUGUGGACAGCAGUGCUGUUCCUGGGACAGCUCUCGGGACUGAACCUCGACAUGGGGGUCAUUGCCUCAAUAGUUCCCUCUUGGUGACCGGCCAGCCCUGUGGUGGUGACAGGAACCCAGUGUUGGACUUACGGGGCCAUAAGCGAAAGUUGGCCACACCACCUGCUGCCCAGGAGUCAGCCCGCCGGCGGUCCAGGAAGGGCCACCUGCCCGCCCCCGUGCAGCCGUAUGAACACGGGUAUCCAGUUUCUGGCGGGUUUGCCAUGCCACCCGUCUCCUUAAAUCAUAACCUCACCGCUCCCUUCACCUCCCAGGCUGGGGAGAACUCCUUGUUUAUGGGCAGUACCCCCUCCUACUACCAGCUGUCCAAUUUGCUGGCAGAUGCCCGCCUGGUGUUUCCAGUGACUACUGACCCUCUGGUGCCAGCAGGCCCCGUCAGUUCCUCUUCCACGGCUACCUCAGUCACUGCCAGCAACCCCACCUUCAUGCUCACCCCCUCUGUUCCAGGGAUACUACCCAACUACUCACUCCCAUUCUCACAGCCACUCCUGUCCGAGCCGAGGAUGUUCGCGCCUUUUCCUUCCCCUGUCUUACCCAGCAACCUGUCUCGGGGCAUGUCUGUCUACCCAGGCUACAUGUCCCCACAUGCAGGCUACCCAGCUGGCGGCCUCCUCCGGUCCCAGGUGCCUCCAUUUGACUCUCAUGAGGUUGCUGAGGUGGGGUUCAGCUCCAAUGACGAUGAGGAUAAGGAUGACGAUGUGAUAGAGGUCACUGGGAAAUAGCCGGGGAGCCCCUCUCCACCUCACUUGGGGCCCCUGGCAGGUUGCCCACCAAGCUGAAAGGCAGCAACCUGGGCUUUCUGAGAGUAGGGCACUUGGCAGGAGGGAAGAGGAAGAGGACAAAGAAAGGUGGUCGACCACAAUGGCGGGGCUCUGUUGCUGUUGAACGAAAGAGGCAAAAAAAAAAAAAAAGAAAGAAAAAAAAAGCCAACAGAACAGAGCAGCAAUAGCGGGAAAUCAGGGACCCAAAACAGGAACGGAGGGGCAGGGCAGCUUGCCUCUCUUCCUGCCUGCCUUGCUUACGCUGUGUGCUUGCUUGCUUGCCAUCUGGGUGUAGAGGCUCACAUCCCAUUUCUGUCUUUGGGAACAUUCUCUCCCAAGAGAGCUGCCUUACUGGGUGACUUCGCUUGGCCUAGAGAGGGGAGGGGCGGGAAGAAGGGUAAGUGAAGGAGGGUGGGCAGGGAGAACAGAUUGAGAUUUCAUGUGAAGUGGAGUCCUUCUAGGGGCAGGAAAGAAGCAGACCAGGGUGUGUUGUGUGUGUGUGUGUGUGUGUGUGUUUGUGUGUGUGUGUGUGUGUGUGUGUGUGUGUAACAGAGCAGGGGUGGAGGUGGGAGGGGAGGGUGGGAAAGACCAAGGGGGGAAACUAAAAAAUGAAUUUAUUGUUUUUAAAAUGGAAAUCAGUGUGUGGUGGUUCAUGGCAACUAUUAGUAUGAACAUCGGGAUGAGCCCAGGGGAAGAGCCAUGGAACCCUUAAGUUUCCUUCUAGUUGGGUGAAGAGAAGGCCCAGCUAAUCCAAGUCUCUGGUCUUCAUAGCUGCAUUUAUUUUGGAAUGUGGGGGAAUUAUGAGAGAAAAUGGGCAUUACCAAUCUCUGUGUCUUUCCCCAGUGGUUGUCUCUGAGCAGAUCUCCCUUCCCAGGGUGUGAGAUUGUGUGUGUGCAGAGGCUGGGAUGGGGAUACUGCGGUGUGUGAGCAAGAGGUCAGGGAAUUGUGACCGGAAUAGACCUUCACAAGGAUGGAACUGAGCCCCCACCUGCCUGUCCUUGUGGCCUCGCCUUUCCUUUGCUUCCCUGCUAGAAAGCUCCAUGUUAAUUUAUUUUUUAUGGGCAAUUAUUUAUUAUUUGGAUUUUUCCAUGUGUCUUGUUUUUUGGGGGGUAGAUUUGGGGAGGGUAGGAGAUAGGAAGGGAAAUGUUAAGAUCUCCCAGACCCCAUAGGGGUAAAUGAAUCCCAGGUAGAUGGUGAAUUGACCAAGGAAAGAGAGUUAGGCUCGACCAAAGUUCACACUAAAUGACUAUGUUUUCAGGAAAUGGCCUCUCAGGAAGAUCAGAGAAUCUUGUGACUGGAUAGUUAGUGGGAGUGAGACCCAUUCCACAGAGAUUGAAACUUGGGAUCAUGGAGUUUGCUAUUAGGAAGUCAGUGACCCCAGAUCUGGAGCUGUGUCCUCCUGGAAUGACCUUAGAGUCAGGCCCUCUGUGCUGAAUAGUGAAGCUGUGCAUACAUAGGUGACUGCUGGGUUGAGAGAAUAGACUAUUGAUUUCCUUUUGGGAAGUGUUUUGGCCUCCCCAGCCUAUCAGAUGAUCAUUAUGGGCCUGGUGUCUGUUAUCUUGUCGUCUUUGAAGGAACACAGAGCAGCCCUUCCUCUGUAGGAGUCUUAAGUCUGGCUUUUGUCUGAAAAAAAUGCAUCAGUCAUUCUGGGUCUCCUCUUUCUUGUUGCCAGUGGUGGGGGGCAGGGCAUCUAGUCUUUAAGCAUAAACACUGGCUGUCUUCCUUUGACUCGUUUUCCCCCUGCCACCGAGACUUUGCUAGGCAGUUCUUUAUGGUGAACAAACCUGUCUGGCUUUAGAGUUUUGCCACCUAUUCAUGGGUCCCUCCUCACUGAGCAGCUACUGCACCUCCUCUUACCAACCUGGGAGGCAGCUUAGCCAGGUCACCCUUCAUAGUAGCUGCUUCUGCAACCCUUCUGACCAGCCUGUUUCCAUUGUUGGAGGGCAGGAGAUGACAAGGAGAUGGCUGAUGGGGCUGCAUGCAUGCGUGUGGUGUGUGUGUGUGUGUGUGUGUGUGUGUGUGUGUGUGUGUGUGUGGUGUGUGUGGUGUGUGUGUGUGUGUGUGGUGUGUGUGUGUGUGUGUGUGUGUGUGUGUGGUGUGUGCGUGCGUUUGUGUGCUGCCUGGUUGCACCAAAAGUGGAACUUAAGGAGCUUUCACUCUCUUUUUUCAUAGGUACCCUGUCAGACACUUAACUCUCCUACUCAUAGAAGCCUUAGAUCUACAAUUUAGCUAUGCAAAUUAUUUUAAUAAUUUUAAAAUAGCAGUUCCAACCAGUGCUUUCUCUUCCAGAUGCAUCCCAAGAAUGGAUGCUGAAGGGACUCAGUUGGAGUGGGGCUCUCAGGUUUGAGACUGGUGCAGUAGGAGUGAGCUAGCCUGGAUCUCUGAUUUGCAGAGCACACUCACAACCUGGGCUACAAUUGAUAGCCUCUAAGGCCCCGGGAUACUGGGAUCCCAGAGACGUGUGUGUGUGUGUGUGUGUGUGUGUGUGUGUGUAUGUGUAUGUGUGUAUGUGUGUGUGUAUGUGUGUGUGGUGUUAGGGAAGGAGGAGUAUGUCUGUGUUCACCUCUUAAGAAGUCACAGCAGCAGGCUCUGAGAAUCUGGAAACUAUCAGCAAGGAAUUGAAACCAGUCACUGGAAGGAUGGGCCUUUGAAGGUACCCGGAAGUGAAUGGGUAUUCUGAGAGGUAGCACAUACCUUUACCCACUGAUUCCAGGGGCUUGGGUCUUGCUUCAGGUCAGAAGAGGCAGUAGUUGUGGGAGGCUGACCUGGCUAGGGAAGGCUUUCUUUGAUAUGUGCAGCUUAUAUUGUAUAGGGGGUAUGGGGUGGGAUCAUGGGAAAUUGGAAUGCUACCAGUUUCAUGCUUUGGGUUUUUUAAUCUAAAAAACACUUUUCUGACUUUUCUGCUGUCUCUUUGUGUAUGCUGGUAGGCAAGUGUGCGUGCACACCAAACAUGAGCAUGUGUGUGAGGGAAGCAGGAAAUGUCUCCGAGCCUAAGAACCAUGUUUUACAGCCUCUUUGAUCAGAAACACUUGGUGGUGGCUUCCACCCACCAUCCAGGCCUGAGUAAGGGAAGGGUGGUGAUAUGGGGUGGGAGGGGUAGGGGUAGGCAGUAGAUCAGGCCCCUCAGCAUUUUCCCUCACCAUUGUCUUCCAUAGAAUGUUUUCAAGGGCCUCUCAAGCCCCAUCCAUCUGGUUUAGCCUAAAUCCUCAGGCUAGGGAAUAUAGUACUACGUAAUGAUUCAGGAUUACCAUUUGUAAUGAUACUCAAUUUCCUUUUCUUAACAUUGUUGUGGAUAAAAAUUGAACCAGAGACAAAGUAUCCAUUUCAGUAAGAAAGUAAGUGAACCUUGUUGGAUCAGAUCUUUGGAUAUCUGCCAAGUCCUCACCCCCUUCAAGUUGUGCUUCUUGAGCAUCUUUUUCUAGUCCUUGGAACUCUCUUCCCUAGGAAUUAGUGUGUGGUAUCUCUCUGUAUAUUUGUGAUUCACAACUAAAUAUGAAAAUCCCCUCUCCAGGGCAUGAAGCAAAUAGCUGGGGUAAAGUUUUGCUCCAGGCAAGUGGGCUAUACACUUGGAAGCAUUUCCUAUGGGAUAGGUUGAAACACUCAACCAAACUUCAGUCUGGGUAGAGACACUGUCACUCCCAAAGCUGUCAGCAGAGCAAGGCCCUCUGUCUCAGUCUGUUUAAGUCUGGCAUUGCUCUGAAACUGAGUCCUCAUCCCAUGGGGAAUGACGGGGUGGGGGUGGGGGGGUUUACAUUCCUUAUUCCUAGUGUUCCUGGCCAUGACCCCCUUCCUCCCACUUGCCAGUUUCUUGUGAUUCCUCAGAAAACCAGUCUCCCUUCUGAGCCAUGGCCUCCUGUGGAGAAGAGCUCUUUCCCUCAACGGACCCCCAGGAGACUUUCUGGCCCUCCUCUGACUUGUUCCCAGGAAAUCUGCACCUCAAGGCCUGAGAAUGCUGCGCUUUCCACUCUGUCCCCUCCUACUGACUCUUCUGCCCUAUGUGUUCCAAUGUGACCCCUCAUGUCUCUUCUGUGCCACUAGCUUGGCCCUAGGCCUUUUAUGAAUACCCAAGUCUUAACGAUGAACUUUCCAAGCAGGCAGUGUCCAACUUCUUCACUCUUCAGGGACCUGAGUCAGCCCCUUUCCUCUCACAGGUUGGUUGGAUGUAGUAAUCCAGUGCACUGGGAAGAGGUAGCCAGGUAGGCUGCAGAGUCUAGUGCAGAGGGCUGGAGGAGAUUUGGGUACUCUUGUUACCACUACUGGGGUGAUAUUCAGAAGAGGGGACCUCAUACUGUGACCUGACCCAGGACCCUCCUGGAAGAGAGCUCAGCCCAGGUGUGUGUGCGCUUGAGUGUGUGUGCGUACGUGUGUACGUGCGAGAUAGAGUGUGCACUUAUGCACACGGGUGUAAACUGUUAUCUGGUUUUGUUACUCAGGGUGGGCUGGGGACUCACGGGAAAAAUCCCCCUCAGCCUGCCCAAGACUGGUUUUUUUCCUGUACCCUCUGCAGAAGGGUCAGGGGAAGGGGGUCCAGGUGGGUUGAGGGGGUCGCAAUGGAUAACCACUAAGGCCACACUGCUGCCGGGAGGAGUGGGGGGAUAUGAAAUGGCCCCAGGGACCUGGCACCUGGCUUUGGUUUUCCGUCUUCUUUCCUCAGGACGCCCCCUGAGGCCUGGGACCUGCUGCGCCUGGCUUUGAGGAGCAUCUGUGGCUGGGUGCUCCAGCUGCUGGUGUGAUCAUGGGCUUCCCUCCUCUCUCAGCAGGGCAGGUGCUCCUGCCCCAGAGACUGGGCAACUGGCUGUUUCUAUGACGUAUUUAUUUUUACUUGUGUUUCAUGUCACUUUUUUAAAAAAGCAAACAGAACAAUUGUCAGUAUAACUGCCUAUCGGUUUUCUUUAUUUCUCUUUUUGUAAAAUAAAAUUUAAACUCAA